ACCCGGCUGUAGGCGGAGCGUCGAUUGCUGGUUGGCUGGAGACUGAGCCAAUGGGCACCUCACAAAGACGGGGCAGGGAUUCUGGCGGGUGAGGGAGCGGGAGACGAGCGGGUUUGGUGUCCCUUGUGCCAAAUAUCUCGUGCCUUCUUCGGGGUCUUCUUUGGGAUUAACGGCCCGCUGAUUUCCCCGUCCUCUAAGGAACUGUAGUAGUUGCCUAACCAUGUCUCUCUCUCCCGAGAAAGCCUCCGAGCUGAAGCAGAUCAUUCACCAGCAGCUGACCAAGAUGGAUGUCCACAGCAGGAUUCGAGAAGUUCUUGCUGAGACUAUACGUGAAGAACUGGCACCUCGACACCAACAAUUGUCUGAAGAAGAUCUAAUAAAAGCUUUAAUUCGGAGAGGAAUCAUUGAUGAUGUCAUGAAAGAACUCAGCUUCGUAACUGACAUGAAUGAUGGAGAAAUGACUUCAACUCCAAAACCUUCUACGCAUUUUGUUGACAGACAACCAGCAGUGUUGAAAAAAACUAAUAUUGACCCAACACGAAGGUAUCUUUACCUUCAGGUUAUGGGUGGAAAAGCUUUUCUGGAACAUCUGCAGGAGCCUGAGCCUUUACCUGGUCAAAUUUGUUCUACCUUCACUCUCUGCUUACAUUUUCGGAACCAACGUUUCCGUUCUAAACCUGUCCCAUGUGCCUGUGAACCAGACUUCAGUGAUGGCUUUCUGCUUGAGGUAUACAAGGAUAGUUUGGGUGAGGGAAGUAAAAUGGUAGAUGCUACCACUAUGCUAUCAAUAUGUGAUCCAGUGCAAAUUGUUUUGAUCAAAACAGACACAUCGGGUGAAACCACAUUGGUAGCAUCCUAUUUCUUAGAGUGGCGGUCAGUUCUUAGUGCAGAGAACAGGAUCGUGAAUGUUGCCAUUGAACUUCUGGGUGUAGGUACAGAAUCAAAGGUUUCUGUUGGCGUACUUAACAUCAAACUUGAAAUGUACCCAAAGCUAAAUAAGACACUUUCUCAGGAAAUAGUUAAUACUCAACUUGCUUUAGAACGCCAAAAAACAGCAGAAAAAGAACGUUUGUUUCUUGUGUAUGCUAAGCAGUGGUGGAGAGAAUAUCUCCAGAUCAGGACUUCACAUAACACAAGACUGGUGAAAAUUUUUGCACAGGAUGAAAAUGGGAUAAACAGACCAGUAUGUUCUUAUGUCAGAGCACUUCGAGCAGGCCGACUUCUGGAUACUCCCAGGCAAGCUGCAAGAUUUAUCAGUGUGCUUGGUUAUGAAAAAACCCCUAUCAUCGGUGGAGGAAGUGGUAAACAAGAACAGUGGUGUACUCUUCUAGCUUUUCUGUGUAGAAACAAGGGUGACUGUGAAGAUCAUGCUAACCUUUUAUGCAGUCUUCUACUGGGAUUUGGGCUUGAAGCUUUUGUAUGUGUAGGAACAAAAGCUAAAGGAGUUCCUCAUACAUGGGUAAUGACUUGUGGAGUUGAUGGAGUAGUCACUUUUUGGGAGAGCUUGACAGGACAUAGGUACAUCCAUCAAGCUGUUAAGCCUGAUGAUCCUCCAGCUGUUGGGCAACCCAAGCCACAGUAUCCUUAUCGAACAAUAGGAUGUGUCUUCAAUCAUCAAAAGUUUCUGGCAAACUGCCAGCCUUCUGAUGCUGUAGAAGUCUCUGCUUUUGAUCUGCAUGACGAAUCCAAAUGGAAACCAAUGAGUGGAGAAGCAAUCAAAUCUGUAUGUUCUCCAGGGGCCACAACUUCGCUUCCACCUUUUCCUCCUCUUUGUGCUUCCUCAAUAGAUGCUGCAGCAACUAGCAAUGAACUAGAGUUACAACUGAGAAUAUUGGCGGUAGAGCACAGGAAGGACUUGGGUCUUGCAACCGUUUGGGACGAUCAACUGUCUUAUCUCUUGUCGCCAGCCUUGGCAGCCUAUGAACUUGAACGUACCACAGGCAUUUCUUCAGGAAAUGAAGAGUUUCAAGAUGCCAUCAGGAGAGCAGUACCUGAUGGUCACACAUUCAAAGGAUUUCCCAUCCAUUUUGUGUACAAAAAUGCAAGAAGAGCAUUUGCUACAUGUCUUCGGUCUCCUUUCUGUGACGAAAUACUGUGCUGUAGAGGAGACCAUGUACGGCUUGCAGUUCGUGUCAGAGUAUUUACAUAUCCUGAAUCUGCAUGUGCUGUUUGGAUUAUGUUUGCUUGCAAAUAUCGUUGCGUACUCUAAGAAAUCACUUGUACUAGUAGACUGAAAUCCUGCACAAAGUUAUGCAAAAUUAUUUUGACCCCAUUGAGGUCAAAGACUUAUGCAUAUGUAUCUGAUGACAGGUUUGCAUCUUUUAUCGUGUUCUGAAAGCAACUAUUGUUGAUUUCAGUGAAACAUAUUUUUGUGUGUGCUUAGGAUCACAAGCUUAGAUUAUGGAGGGACAAUAUUAAAAUACAAUUCUGGUAUACAGUGGUAUAACUUGUGUAAAGGCUACCACUAUAAUAAUGUUAAGAACACUGGCUGUGUUGUGUAUAGAAGAUCAUGGGGAAAAUGUAUAAAAUGUAAUUAAUGUAUUAUAAACAAUGUUUUUAAUUGUAAUAAAAACUGUUUAACAAUAGUAAGGACUAUUUCUAUUCUUAAGU